AUGUGGAUAAAAACUGUGCAGUGGGAAAUGUUCCGCGAGGAAAUUCAAAGGCUUCAAAAGAAUCAGCAGAUUAGUAAAUCUUCUAAGAUUUAUUCCUUAUCUCCAUAUCUGGACGAGACUGGUGUUCUUAGGCCUUUUCAUCAUUUAAGAAACAUUUUGACAUGGUUUUGGAGCAAACUUGCUUUAUUAUACAUACAGCUAAGUAUAUAUGAAUGGUGGUCAAAAGACUGGGUUUUAGCAUCUAGUGAAUAUGAUUAUGAUGAUCAUGGUAGUGAUAGGCCCAAUAAAACAGUUCCUCAUCCAUGUGAAAAAGAAGUGGAUUUAUAUGAGAUGUUGCCGAGAGAUUUCACUGAACCUGUUAAAGGAAGACUUUCUAUGUGCCACUCAACUGGCUGUGAUAAACAAUUCAUUGUACAGCAAGUACCUUACACCAAUCUUGUUAUGUUAGUUGUUUAUACUACAUGUCCUUGUGAAACUACAUCAGUAAAGCUAGAACCAAAAGAAGUCAGUCAAAAUGAAACCCUGAGAUGUACAAGGAUGAAACAAAACAUGUACAGACGUCGUCCAAAUGUCUGCCUCAAUUAUCAUCCGGAAGAGGCAGACAUGAACAAUGAGUGUGGAGGUUCUAGUCAAAAUAAAGCAUUUAGUAUUUCCAAUUUAUUUUUAGGACUUAUUAUUUUCUAUUUAACUCAGCACUGGUUUCAUGUAUGAAAUGAACAGAUUAUAUCUUGCCUUAUAAGAGUAAGGCUUUGAAACUGUUGCCUGCCUUGUUGACCCAGACAAUGUUGUUACAUUGUUAUAUUUUAUGUCUGGACCAACCAGCCUGGAUGUACCUCUGUGGUGAUGUAUGGAAACUCUGAAAGACUUUUGUUCGUGAAUAAGGUCCAUGUGUGAUAAACUACAGCAGAGUCCCAGUUAAUCUAACAGAGAUAAUGUGCGUAUCACAGGUAAUUUGGGGUAGCCAAAUGUAAUCCUGCUUGUUUACAUAAGUGCAUGAUCUUUCUUUUUUUCAUUUUUGAAAUUUUAAGAUGACAUAUCCUUUACACACAAUUCAUAAACAUAUAUUCGUUUUUUAAGUGUUAAAACUUAUCUUCAGUCAUAUCAAACUUCAAUGCUAUACAUUAUACAGCUGUAAAUAAAGAUGUUUACAUUGUUUAAAUUAUACAGAAUCUGAUGUAUUGAAUAUUAUAUAUUCUUCCACACUAUACAACAUUUGCUCUAUGGGUUGUUGUUAACUUCCUCUGUUAUGCCAUGGGAAGAGCCUGUCAUUUUUCCUGUGUAAUAUGCAAGUUAUUCCUAAGGCUUCACACUAAAAAAGUGGGAAGUUGUAUAAUGAAACAGUUGUUGUUCCCCUUUAAAAUGGCAGUGAAAAGUUUAAAAAAAUAUAUAGUUUACUUUACUUUUGUUUUCUUCUUGGUGUAUUUAUUUCCUAUAGGGAAACUAGUUGUCCUAUGUUUCAACACUUUUGUCCAUCCAACUAGUCUGAAAUUUUUAUUUCAGAAAAAUGCACAAGUUAAAAUCUCGUAUAAAAAAUUACACAUAUUUUUCAUACUUUGGUUGAAUUAAUGCAUAAGAUCUUUGUAUUCAUUCUAUAUGAAUAUAGAAAAUAUUUUAUAGAGUUAUUGUCUGUAACAGAAAAAGUCAGUGUAUUUAAAGCAAAUAUCAAAACUCAGAAGCAGGGAGAGCCUAGGCAAGCCCCAUGUCAGUGUCAGUUUUGCUACCCAGCACCAUCCCGCAACCUUACCCCUCUACAGGGUUUAAGCUGAGUUUAAAAGAUUUUAAGCGAAUAAACUAAAAUAAGGGGAAAAAAACUUUAGCAAAAAAAAAAAAAAA